AUGGGUACAAUUGUGAUGGCUGCGGGAAACAUGUUUCUACAAUGCUGUUGUGUUUUUGAUGUCAAGGAACGCCAACAUGCUGUCCGCGGAGGGGCUGCGGGAGAUUGUCGAACGGGAGGGCUGGUUUUGGCGGCCACCGGCUUUGAUGAUGUGGCUGCUUUUGCUGGGCUCGGUGCUGCUCCUCGUCUUCGGUUGCCGCCAAGAUGCACGGGUGCACAGCUCUGGGUUGUGGCGCGACGAGUUUUUCCUCGCGGACAUGCCCACAAAGGAUGGAGGCCUCGCAAGCCUCGGAAGUCUCUGUGGGCUGUCCAAACAGGCCUCGGAAAGCCAACCUUCUCAACACCCCGCCGAAGAACCGAAGAAUCCAGGCAUGUCUCGCAGAGAAGCUGGAGAGCUCGUCUGGGGAAGAGCUCAAGGUUUCUUUCAUGGAAGCCUUCUGCCAACCUUUCGUCCUUAUCCGAGGCACGUCGUCAGCUCCUCCGUGCUCCAACCUUGGCUUCGAGGCUUCGCGAGCGGCUCCUUUGCCAGAACACGCUCUGGGAAGCGGCACGCAGGUGCGGUCUGCACUGCAGCUCCAUCGAGAUGCACGUCUGGGGGCAGAAAGGCUGGGUCCAGGGGAGUGUGGCUGCGCAGAAGUCGCCGCAGCUGAAGGAGCUGGUCAUGGCGCUGGAUGAGGUGCUGCCGCAGUCAUUCCUGACUAUCCACGCUUCUCGUUGGCACCUGAUCGGGACGGCUCUCUUCACGAUGCACCCAGUCUACGAGCUCUCCAUGUGCGACCUUCACAUGACUGCGACGAAGCGAGCCAAGAUCGUUGUGGACUGCAUCCUCGGUUCUCUGUCGUUUGUGGCCUUGUUCUUCUCCGUGGACGGCACAGCUGUGGCAGCCAGGAGUCCAUCGGAGUGUCCCUUGCAACAGGGAACACUCGUGUGGUACCUGUUCGUGGCUUUCUUUUCCGUGCUGCUGAGCUUUGUUCCGCGCAGUCUAGAGCUCUAUCUUGCUCGCCGCAGCUUUGUGCCAGAGAGCCGCAAUCAUGCUCGUCAACUUCGGACAAGACGCCACAGGGAUGCAGGGUUCUGGGUCUUCAGCACGUGUCUCGCGCUCCUCUAUCUCCUGGUUAUCAUUGCUUUCUUGGCCAACCUGUCCGAGGCAGACGAGUGGAAAUGGAUGUUUACCUUCUGGGUCGUUCUCCUGCGCAAGCUCUUCAUCGUGCCUGUCUUGGCAUGCCUCGUCUCGGGGCUUGGGAGCGUGGCCGUCGGCACGGCACCUGAGCCACCCAAGAAGUUCGGCUUGGACUUCUCCUCGCUUUGCGACGGCGGCGAAGGCGAAGGAGACCAGAAGAGUCAGAAGAGCGAAGGCCAAGGAGCUUGGGCCGAGAAGGUGCAGGAGCUGGCUGGCAGGGGCCUCACCAUCCGCCAGCUGCUCGAGUUCUAUGCCAUGCUGGGUCGCGAGGUCAUGGAACACUUCAGCCCAGAAGAGUCAACCACACACGAUGUCGUACGCCAGGCCAUCAUCCCGCUCUCUCUGCACAUGAAACGGCGCCGCUUCGAGGUGGUCAUCCAUGAGACGGCGGCCUGCAAGAAGGCCCUCGAUGCUCUCCGAAGUGCUUCGGCCCCUGCCCCUGCCCUGGAGAUCUGCGUGGCGAAGAAGGGCCUUGUUGGUGAGAGGGGUGAGAGGGCCGUGAGCUACGCGGUGAUCUGGGACGAGGCCAUCCUGGUGGAGGACCUCUGCCUUGACGACGGCCUGCUCUUCCGUGUCUCCGACAAGGAAGAGCUCUCCUUAACCGUGGCGGCCACAGACUUCUGGCAAGGCUUCAAGGGACCCUUCCAGCUCGACGGCUUGGAGCUGCACGUUACCAUCUUGGUCAAAUCCGACCUGGAUGAGGUCCAAUCCGAGCCAAACGAGGAGGAGGGUGGCAACCAGACGUGCCAGGCAGAGGCGACAGCGGCGAAGGUGCAGGCGCGGGGGGUGAUGCCAAGUUCAGCGAAUGCUCCGCUUCCAGAAUGUUUGAGCUGCGGCGCCGCUGGCAUGGACGAAGAGGUGAAUGUUCAGAUCCUUACCAGCGGAGACAUGGUGGACUGUUCGAAUGUCAGCCAGGGGCGUGGAGGCGAGAAGGGGGCAUAUGGGCAUGCCUAUGCAGCCACUGUGAACAGUGAACCGUGCAUGCCGCUGAAGAUGGUAACGCAUAGCUGGCGCAACAAGUUUUCCUUCCUCCUCGCGGCCAUCCUCGCGGAUGCCUUGAACAGUGAGAAGUAUGAUCAGAUCGCUCAGCUGCUUGCAGAACGCCAGCUCGGAAAGAUUGUCCGUGCUUUGCAGAAGGCAGGGAAGCUUGACGCCGCCUAUUGGAUUUGUGCAUUCUCGGUGAACCAGCACACGGGGAUUUGCGCUACACCGCCAGCAACAGACUCAACUGGCCACGCAAUCACUCCUUGCUGCUGCGCAACACCGAAGCACUUCGAUGGGGACCUAAGCGAGAUGAACAAGUUUGACGAUAUGAUGGCCUACCUCAAGACAUACUUACGGGGCCACGGCCAGGCUCGGCUGGAACAGGUGGUGGCCUUGGAGCAGGACUUCACCUUGCUCACCAGGGUGCUUUGGUUGAAGACUUUGCGAAGCAAGCUCACCCACCCUGCGGCUUUGAAGAUACAUUCGUCAGCUUCCAGGGAUCAGUGCCUGGAUCGCCUCGUCAGCUUGGAUGUUCGAAAAGCCGAAGCCUCCUUUCCUGCAGACAAGGAGCUGGUCUUGGGGAAGAUCACAGACGUGGAUGGAUUCAACAAAGACCUUCAACAGCUCAUGCUGCAUCGCCUGGAAGGCUUCUUGCACGCGGAGCAGGUGAAGACUUUCGCGACCUUGCUUGAUGAAGUGGUUCUGGCAGUCAUCAGCGUGGCCAUCUGA